AUGUAAAAUGAGAGAGAUUAAAUUCACAGUCCUUUAUUAAAAAUUCAUCGAGAAUCAGAAUAAAGGGCUUAAAUGAUAGAAAUGCAGGUUUUUAGGAGCUUACACUAAGAUGAUUUUGAGAAGCAUUAAAAAAAAGAUGAAAUUUUAGAAAUUGAAUCGAAUAAGUUACAAUAGAUUUUGGAAGCAAAAAAUUAAUGGAAGACACUUUUAAAAGGGUGGAAAAAAGAAGAAAAUAAAUAAUAGCAAAAUGAUGAUCAUUAUUUUGGAUUUUAAUAUAAUAAAUUAUUAGAAAUCUUUGAUCUAAAUUAAAUAUUAAAAGAAGCUUAAAAUAAUUUAGUUAAGAAUGAUCAAGAAAAGGAUUUAAAAGAAAAGAGAUUAAAAAUUUAGAUUGAAAAAUUAAAUGAAUUAGGAGGUAUUUAUGGGUUAUAGAACUUUUUAAAGACUUGUAUAAAAUAAGGUUUGGAUGAUACAAAUGAUUAUGAUUUAAAGAUGAGAGAAAAAUAUUUUGGUAAAAAUGAGAAGCCAUAAAUAGCUAUAAAAAGUGUACUACAAAUAAUAAUAGAAUAAUUUCAAAAGGAAAGACUAUUUUAAAUAUUAUUGAUAAUAACAAUAAUCAAUAUAAUAAUAUAUUUUCAUGAGAAUGUGUAAAUUUACUUGAUGUACAUAGUAAUGUUAAUAAUAAUGGUAGUUUAUAAGGGUGUGAUAAAAUAGUCAUAUAAUAAGGAGAUAGUGUAGCAUUAAAAUGAUAUAAAGGAGAGGAGCAAACAUUUGAUAAAGAGAUGUAAUGUAUUAAGAAAUGGAGAUGAUUCAAUAUAAAUUCAUAAUAGUUAAUUAGUUGUUGGUGAUAUAUUGAUUUUCAAAUAAGGAGAUUUCAUCUAAUGUGAUGGUAUAAUAACAAAAUUAUCAAAUUGUAAUGGAAUAGAAGUGUUAUAACCAUUUCCAAAUCUUUUUAACACUUAUGAGGUGAAAAAUAUAGAUGAAAUUAAGGAAUAAAAUAACAUGGAUGAAUAAAUUUAGACUAAUUUAAGUUUGAUAGAUAAUUUUGUUUUUGCUGGUUCUUAGAUUAUAAAAGGAUCAGGUUAAUUAUUGGUUUGCAGUGUAGGAUAAUAAUCAUCUGAUUAUAUUUAAUACAAAUAGUCAUUUUUAGAAGAUACAAAAACAGAGAAAUAGAGAACAACAUAUUUGAAAUAGAAUUCAAUGUAUAAUCCUUUUGCUUUUAAGAUUGAAUCACUCAUGAAUAAAAUUGGAGUAUAAUGCAUAAUAAGUUUACUUAUUUUAAUGAUAAUAUUACUGAUUAGGAAUAAGUAAUUAAUCAAUAUAACUUAAAUAUUAUUGUAUUUAUCUUAAUUAUCAAUUAUAACGAUUCCAACACAAUUACUUCAAUUGAUAAAUUUGUUUAUGAUUUAUGUUAUAAAGAAAUGUAGAUAAAGAAGUAUUUAUAUAUAGGAUUAUUUAUCUUUAUAUUGGUUAGGGUAGGUUAAUGAAAUGAUUAUAGAUAAAAUAGACAAUAAAGUAACUAUGUUUAAUAAAUCAUAAAUAAAUAUUAGAUAUUUUACAAGAUUAUAAUUGGAGGAUGCAUAACGUUUAGCAAUUUAAGCAGAUCUUAUAAAAGAAGAUGAAAUGAAUGAUAGAUAUAUAGAAGGUAGUUUAUUAAGUAGUAGUUUUGAGUAGAAAAACAAAUUUGUAUUUUUGAGUAGAAGAUUAGCUUGUCCAACUCUAGAUCAUUUAAAAUUAGAGAAGAUUUAAUCAAGUAAGGCUUUAGAAUGGUUGGAAUAAUAAUAAUAGAAAUUUUAGUUUUAAGGAAUUAUUGAUUAAUAAAAACUUUAUGAAGAAAUAAAAAAUAAAAAUAUUAUUAUAGGUGGUAAUGCUGAAAGAAAAGAGUAAUUAAUAAAUUUACUUAAACUUUAUGAUAAAAUAAUAUUUAUGAAAGGAGAAGAAAAUGAUGGGAAAGCAAUGGAGAUGGCUCAUGUUAGUAUUGGACCUCAUGAGUCUAGAUCAUGUAUUAAACUAUUCACUCAUCUUGAGUAAACUGAUUAUAGUUACAUUUCUUCAAUGUACGAAUGUAUAAGUUAAGGAAGGGCAGUUUAUUUUUAUAUAUUAUCUUAUUCUUAUGCUUUAGCUUGUACAUCAUAAACUAUUAUGAUAUUUGCUAUAUCAUCAGCAAUUUUGUCAGAUGACAUUUUCAUUAUGCCAAUACCAACUUUUAUACUAUUUUAUCUUACUAUAAAUCAUUUUUCCCAUUAAGUUUAAAAAUAAUGUAAUUAACAUGUUUAAACUUAUGUCAUGCAUAAAGGACCCUAUACUAAAUAAGGAAGAAUCAUAGAUAGACAUACCAUUAGAAAAUUAUAUAAAUUACAUUCCAUUUUAAUUAUUGAAUUACUUGUUGCUUAUUAUUAUGGAUAUUUUUAAUCUGUUUAAGAUGUCUAUAUUGGAUUACUUUUUAGUAAACAUGUUUUUAUUAUGGUCAGACCUAUUAAAUAAGUUUUAUAAUAAAUUGAAGGUAUUCUCUAUGGGUUGAUUAUCAAUUUAAUCAAUUAAUUCAUUACUUAAUCAAAUUAAGAUUAUUACAGUAUUUCAGUGCUCUUGAGAAACUAUUCAAUAGGUUUAAUUGUGGUAGCAUUUAAUUUAUUUGUUGGCUAUAAAUGA